UUAGAUCAAAGCUUUAAACAUUAUGUCAAAGAUGGAGCACUGUCAAAAAAAGAAAUCAUAAAUCGAAAAGAGCCUUAAGACGACCAAAUUUCGAGAAUUCCAUUAUCGGAAGAUAACAGAUUUAUCUGAUAAGUAGAAAUUACUUUAUUCGAGGUUCGUGUUAUCUAUCUUGCAAUUCAUUCUGAAUUAAUAACAUAGGUAGUGCGGUAUCAACUGUGCCGAGCAAUGCAAUGCGCCACCAAUUGGCAUUGUUGUUAACAAUUCUUGUGCAGUUUUCACACUCUCAGGAUGAAAAGAGGUGUUUAUUGCGGUUUUUUCCUAUCGCCCCUGCAGAGGACUACAAGUUUGCGACAGGCGACACUUGCUUCUUUAUGUCCAGCCCGUUUUGGUUGAAUAUACCUGCAAUCAAAAGACGUACCCUCGUCAAGAUCAUUGACGGAAAGCAGUUUCCUAUUAGCUAUACUAUUGAUCCAGAUGGAAGAGAAGUUUUUUUCGAUUACGAAAACCAAACAGCUUUAGAACAUAUUCAAACGCUGUAUCUACAAGAAGCUUAUUUCAAGAAAUGGUACGAUUGCGCAAACGCCGCCAUGGAUUGCUGCCUCAAUCAUUUAACAGAAGAAAACAUGCAACCAGAUGAAGAUCAUCCUUGUCCAGCUCUCUGGGAUGGAUACACUUGCUACGGAAAAACUAAAGCUGGAACUACAGUAUACAAUCUUUGUCCAUCCUAUAUAAGAACAGCAGAUGACUUAAUAUGCAAUUUAGAAAGCGAAAAGUAUUGCCUAACAGAUGGAUGGAAUCAAGUGACUAACUACAAUACUUGCGUGGAUGCCCCCAUCUACAGGAAACGAAAUGGGUUCCAUUUGAUCUGUCUCUACGUGUCUGUUGCUGUAAUCUUUCCAGCAAUACUAAUUUAUUUAUCCUUCCCCAAGUUGAAAAUCCUCAGGAUCGCGUUACACAGAAACCUUUUGAUUGCCAUUUUCAUUAAGAAUGUCUUGGUGAUUCUGUCCAAAAACUUGAUCAUUUUAGACGCUUUGGAAGGUGACAAAGGUAAUAAACUUAUGAUCAGCAAUAGCAUAGGUUGCAGAGUUUUGGCCUUCUUUGAAAAUCUAUCGAAAAAUCUGAUUUUCACCUGCAUGUCUGCGGAUGCCUUCUAUUUGCACAAACUUAUUGUAAGACCUUUUGCCACCGAUCCUAAUAUACUUAUCUUCUAUAGUAUAGUUGUUGUAUUUUCAGCGUUACCAUCUUUGAUCUGGGCUGGUCUCAUGGGCGCUCGUGAAAUGGAAAACUGUUGGAUGGUAGACACAGAGACUUGGUACAUUUGGAUCACUGAUGGUUACAAAUACGCAAUGCUCAUCAUCAAUGCUAUACUUCUAGUGGAUAUCAUUCGAGUUUUGCUCACAAAGUUAGGGAAAGGCGGAAACAAGAAGCAAACCAGAUCCGCUCUGAAAGCCACUAUAAUCCUGUUACCGCUCUUCGGAAUUCCGCUGUUGAUCACCUCGCAAAGAGAUCUCUUCGAUAGCAGAGAUUGCACUAAAAGCGACAUCUAUUAUUACAUAACAUACGCGAUCGAAGCGGCCCAGGGAAUCCUUCUAGCUGUAUUCUUUUGCUACCUAAACCAAGACGUACACAAAGAAAUUGCGAAUUUCUACAGAAAAUUAGAUACGAAAUUCCGUCAACGUUUCGGAUAUUCAGAGAGAAUGCGCCGAUCGACAGCUUGCACUAAAUCCACAAAAUAUUAAUUUAGUCUACUUACAAUUUUUUUAUAUACAAUUUUAUAAAU